CGAAAAUCAAUUUUAAUUUACCUGUCAAAAACGAUAUAGUAGCCACAAUAUACUCACUGAAUCGAAUUGUAAACUUUAUAACUUUGGUUCACUGCUGUGAUUAUUUUUGACUACCUACUGCACCAUAUUUUACAGUUAUUUAUGAUAAAAAAUGUACACUUAUGUUAUGUGUCAAGUUUUUGUUGUCCUCAGAAGCAGAUUUUCACAACUAAUAUCAAAGGAAGACACUAUUUGAAAGAGAAAUAAAAUUCAAUAGGCUGUAAUAUUCUUAUUGGUUAAUGAACAAGACCGGCCUGAAUUUAAGCAAUAACAAUGUUCACAAUAGGUUUACUCACAGCUGUCUUCCUCAUAGUGCUUUCCCUGCUCAGUGGCAUGGUUCUUACACUACUCAUCCAGUGGUAUUUUUUUAAUAGAUAUUUGAUGAAGUUACCUAUGGUUACAAAAACAGAUGAACCUACAGCAGAACUAUUUGAGAUACCCAAGAGUCUGCUUGAUGGGUGUUUUAAACCGGAACCAGCAAAAGCUCUAAAUUCUGUCCUUCAGUUUUUAUUCCAAGAGUGUCGUAACAGUAACAGAGUGAGACGUUGGUUCAGGGCCCGACUUAGUCUUGAGUUAGAGGAACUGCUGACUCGCACAACUACUGGGAAACUGUUUGAGGCUAUUGCACUUAGAGAACUUAAUUUGGGCACACAGUUUCCAAACAUUGACUGCAUAGAGAUUAAACACUUGAAUGUGAAUCCCACAAGUGGUUUGAUUGAUGAUUUAGAGCUCUGUCUACUGUUGGAAUACAGUGGUGGUUUCCAGCUAACAAUAGAUGCAAACAUGCGACUCAACAAGACUGCUCGAGUCUCUGUCAAAGUGAAUGAGUUGAAGGGGCAAGGCUGCCUCAAGUUCACCAGACACCCGUAUACUCACUGGUCGUUCAGCUUCUACUCAGACCCCCAGCUGCAGCUGACUGUCGAAUCCCAGUUCCAGGGCCGAGCGCUGACACAAAUCAACUCCAUUAUAGCUAGUCAGAUCAGAAAAGCUCUCAAAAGAAAACACACGCUUCCAAACUAUAAACUUCGCUACAAACCUUUUUUCAACAAGAGUGAGGAAGGUGGUGUAGACGACAGCCCAGUCGUAAUGCUCUCCGGAGGGCUGGAUGUGGCAGUGCUUCAAGUAUCUCGAGUGUCAGAAACCACAGGUCCAGUCUACUGCAGUCUGGCUGUUGACAGUAUGGCAUGGGUGGAGAUGGUGCACUCUGAGACUGGCAGCUAUCUAACGGUGGAUGUCAGUGUACUCAAGCAAGGUAACUCCCUUGGUGUACACUUCAAACAGGAGUUUGUGGCAGACAAAUAUCAGGUAUGUUUUGUAGUGGAAUCAGUGGCUCCGUACGUGGUAGCAGAGGUCCGUCCUGGGGAUAUCCUGGUGGCUAUUGAUGGCAAGAAAGUGACCUCACUCACUCAGAUCAGCAAGUGCACCAAGCAAGCUGGGGACCGAGUGCCUCUCAGACUUGAACGGAGGCUCAAGAUCUUGCCUGGCCCUCCUAGUGAUGACAAGUUACUGGAAAUCUCAGGGCUGAGACACCGAAGGGGUUCAGGGGACAAAACUGAUAGUGACAGCAGCAAUUCCACUUCUCUGUCAGAUUCCCCAGCAAAGAAAACAGUGCAAGAGACUCCAGAGCACAAGGUAAUCCACAGAUUGUCUUUUGGUGCAGAAGUUGAACAGCAGCUACAAGUUCUAACUACCAGGGAACAACCAUAUUCACAGGUAAUAACGUUCAAUGAGACUUUGAAAUUCAACAUUCUUCCCGAACAUAGAUUUCUGAACCUCAGUGUGUGGAGCAAAGGUGAGAAAAACACACUGUUGGGCCACAUCAGCCUGCCCUUGGCGUUGCUGUGUGUGUCUUCCAUGGGUCACCACAUCGACACCCACUUCUUGUUGCCUCCACUGCCACAUCUCAUCAACAGUUCAAACCACCCACUGUCAUCCCACAACGGGUUUGAACCUUGUCUCUGCUACGGAGAUGUGUUACUGUCAACAUGUUUCACUGCGUCUCAGAUACCUGUCAUAGCUCCCAUCCCCACCACCAGUCUGGCACCUCCCUCUCCUCUAUGCAGCGUACAUGACUUCGAGCGGACACAUUUCGUCAAGGCUACUCAGUGUGGAUUUUGCUUUAAAAAGAUCUGGCUGAAAGAUGCAUUCCAGUGCCGAGGAUGUGCCAUGACCUGCCACAAGAAGUGUGUCAGCAAGUGUCUAGCUGUGUCCUCUUGUAGCCGUCACACCUCCCAGCCGGAGAUCGUCACUACCACUGUUGAAGACACUGAUUCCAAGCCAGAACAGGGCAGACGACUCAGUGCUCUAUUGGCCAGUGUAACUAGCAAGGGGCUCAAGAGAGUGAGUUCUGCUACGAACCUCGCACCCCCCUCCCCAUGUGGGGCUCAGGGCUGCUCCAUCAGUCUCCCCCCUUCGCCCCAACAUUCCCCCUCCCCUAGUCGAAAGACAUCACUUGGUGAGGGUGGAAUGCUGUUUUCACUCGAUAGUGAGGAGGGUGACGAAGUGUCUGUGGCACUCAAACAGCUGCUGUCACGCCCUCAAGAUGAAGAACUCAUGGAUCAAGCUAAGGCGACGGGUCGUCAAUUAUUUGCUGAUCUUGCUCCAGAAGCGAGGAAACAACGCAUAGAUGCUGUGAUGGCCAAGCUGAAAUCUGCUAUGGAUGAGGAGAGUGAGACCCACAUGAGGUUGUCAAGAGAGGAGCAAGCUAGCACCAGCUCCGAGGCCAGGGCCCGAGCAGCAUUCCUGCUGGGCAAGAGUGAGGAGAAGCUGCAUGCUCUGACAGUGCUCAUGCUGCACUGCUGCGCCGGUCUCCAAGAUUCUCAUGAUACUCUCACAAUUUCAUUACCUAACUGAGAAACCUUUUUCAUCAGGUGCUGUCGACCUCUGUACAUUACAACAUCUAGUCUUCUGUCUUUCUUUAAUUUUAAGUCACAUCAGAUCAUAUCACCAGACAGUUUUAUCACUUUAAAACUGUUGUGCAUUUUAAAAGACAUUAUUAACAUCUUGAGUUGUGAAUUAUGUGAAAACUGAUUCAAAACAUUUGUCUUGAAACUAUAUCUUUAUAUUUAGUAUAUCGAAAGAAUAAAUAUGAAAUAGUAAUGUUUAAAUUGUUCAACAUAAAAUUAACAUAUAAACAUAAAACUCUCCAUACUAACAUAGGAUAAAAAUUUAUGUUUUAUGCAGUCAGUUACCCUUCAUAAUCAAUACCUCUGUGAUAGACCCAGUUUACUUACUUUAGUUUUAUAAGAGAUGUUGGAGGGGUCAAAUUAGUUUUCAAUUAAAUAAAACACUGCAACAAAAUUAAUUUUUAGCUUUUUCUACAAAAAGUGUAUAUUUCAGUUGAAUUUUCAAAAAAAAACAUAAGUAUUAAUGACAUUCUACUAUCCAGUAUCCAAGUACAUUAAUGGUUCAAAAGUUUAUUUUUUAUACCAAUUUAUUAUGAGCAUUAAAAUAGUUUGGACUUGAAAUUGACACAGUGGUGAUCAUUGAUUGCAUAAAAAUGACACCACAUGUAAACAGUAAACAGUUCUUUAUAAGUAAAUUAAGAUAUCUGAUUAAGUUCUUUAUAAGAUAUCUGAAUGUUGACACAAUUGGCAUUUCUUCAAUUGGAUGUUAACUAAUUAUAUUUAUAUAUAUAUUUUAGGUUUAUAGUGUUUUACUUUUUAUAAUGACUAUAACCAAAGUUUUCACCAAGCAUUUUUUGUUUUUAUUGUAGUCAUUAAAUUUGUAAAUAUUUAUAUAAAUUUCGUAUUUUAUAAAAUACGUGUACUUUGAGAUGAGUUCCUGUUUAUAACAUUUUUUUAAUUUUUUUAGUUAAUGUAUUGUAAAUCAUAGUUAUAGGAUGCUUUUAAUUGUUAUUGCUAUUUUGUAGUGCAUUUUUAGAAAAAUUGCAAAUUUAUAAUAAACAAAGGAAAUAAUGCAGCGGUUUUGUUAUUGGUUAAUAUAAUAAUUUUAUAUAAAAUUUAAACAUAAUAGCAUAUCCAGACAGAGUUUGAUUGAUAUUAAGAAUAUUAUACAUACUAUACAAUUUGUCAUUAGUGAAUCCAUAUAACUGAAACAAAGUAAUAACAUUCAAAUAAUGUACAAAAAUAUAUAUUCAUUUUAAAAAGUUAUUUUAUGUUUUAAUGUUUAGAAAUAUUACAUAAUUGGUGCUUAAUUCUACUUCUAAACAAGACAAAAUUGUGAAAUCUUAAACAAAAGAAUAACCAUGUUUAAUUAAUUUUACUUUUAUCUGGAAGUGUGAAAUGAAAGUGAACUAGUUACAUUCCAUGUGAAAAUAAAUAUAUUGUGCUACAUGAA